CCGCACAUCACGGGCAGCAACACAGGCACAUCACUAGCAACGCAGUAGUCAACCAUCGCCGACUUCGUUUUAUUCCCUCAUAUUGCCAAAAUUCUUCACAAACGGUGCCUUUGGAUGACACUACCAAUGGAUGACUGCAUCUAGGUUUAUUUUAACUGUUUUACCUUUACUUGAGCACAAUGGCGACCCAGAGAGCACUUCCUCAGAGUAAGGAAACUCUGCUUCAGAACUACAACAAGAGACUGAAAGAUGACAUCAAGUCCAUCCUGGACAACUUCACCGAAAUUAUCAAAACCGCGAAGAUAGAGGAUGAGACACAGGUUUCUCGAGCAACUCAAGCAGAGCAAGACCAUUAUGAGAUGCAUGUUCGAGCAGCUAACAUUGUACGUGCGGGCGAGUCCUUGAUGAAGCUGGUUUCAGAUCUGAAGCAGUUCCUGAUCCUGAAUGACUUUCCUUCGGUGAAUGACGCCAUCAGCCUUCAGAACCAGCAGCUGCGCUCACUGCAAGAGGAGUGUGACAAGAAGCUGACAUCGCUACGGGACGAGAUCGCCAUUGACCUGUACGAACUCGAGGAAGAAUAUUACUCCUCCAGGUACAAGUAGGCUCAUACUAGCCGCACCCUCCCAUCUGCCGCAGUCCCGUGCCCUCAUCCUCACCAUUGGCUGCUCAGGCAAAAAAAACACCACCGUCAUCAUCAUCCGUCUGUAGAUGUGAGUGAGUGGUGAAUGCACACCCUGCAUAGUGACAUAGUGCCACUCCCCUCCCCAUUACUGCUUUAUGGAAGGUGUGGUAUUUGGUCAACUUUGACCAAAAUUGAGCUGUACAAGAGCGUGAACAGAAUAUCCGCGAGGUAUUUUCAGCUAUAAAAAUAUGAGAGCAAAGCAAGUACUGUAUGGUCAACAUUUGGUGGAAGGGGAUAAAAGUUUUAAAUUAGCCAAAAAAAUAUUGUAUUUAGCCUCAUAGGAUGGAUGUCUGUAAAUUCAAGAAUAUAUUUUAAACUGACUAGACAACGAGACAGUAAAAUUAAGUUUAUUCUUUUUGAUUGUGACUUCUUUUUGAUCGUGAGUUGGGUUUUUUUUUCCAGGAAAAAUAGUGCUCUCAAGUGAAAGGUGCAAUUGAAAAUGAAAAAUAGUGCUCUUAAAUGAAAGGUGUAUUUGAAAAUGCACUAAAUGGUCACUUUAUUAGGUACACAUUUGGUCAUGCUGUGUAUGGAAGCCCUUUUGCCUUUUGAAUUCCAUGAUCGAAUUCUGUUCCUGCACAUCCCGUCUGUCGGAUGGUCAUCUGGUGAAUGUAUAGUGCAGGGAUCUGCAAUGCGCGGCUCUGUAGACGCAGCGGCUCUUCAGCCUCCUUGAUGGGGCCCCCUUCGCCGAGCGCGGUGAUUUUUUUUUUAACACCGAAGUAGGGGGAAAUGUGCAUUUUUGAAAAGAAUGUGGAAUAUCUGACUCACUGCAAGUCUGUGAACGCAUUUAGACUGCUUUCUGACUGCUGAUUGGAUGAGGAAGGGAGGGGAACCUAGGCUAGUGUAUGCAGUGAGUCUCACUGCGCGGGAGAGAAAAAAAAUGUUAGGGAGAUUUGAGUUGAGUCUGAAGCAAGUUACUGCUCAGUAAAAUAAAACAGUUUAAUGAGAGCAUAGCAUGCUUGUAUUUUCAUACGCGAGGGAGCGAUAAUGGAACCGCGAUAUAGUGAGGCACGGCUAUACAUGCUAAGGGGCUUAGAUGGAUGUAUGCUUUUAUCUUGUUAAAUUCUGACUCUUUUAUCUGAAUGUGGAACCCAAACCUUUGACUUUAACUUUAUCAAUCCACAAGGGAAAUUGCUUGGCUGCAAAACUGGUUAGAACAGGCAUCUGUAUUGCCAUCUGGUAUUACAUUUUUGCCUUGAUUUAAGAGUGCUAUCUUCUGACGUGGCAGUCUUCAUCUUCUCGGCUCUUUGCGUGCAUUCAGAUUCUUAGUGUUUAGUUGUUACUGUUGGUUUUCUAUCAACCAUGCCACAUAUCUUGAUACUUUUGCUUGCAGCAACAAGCUGACAGCAUUAAAGUACAGAUGUGGCUCAUCGAUCUGAAAUCUCUGUAAAUGGUAUCGACAAAUUCCGAUACGUGAAUUACACUGGUAUCUAAAUUCAAUACUGUUGGAUCGAAUUGGCUCCAACCCUAACGUAGAUCAUGUCUACUUGUCUAAAUGUGCUGAGUUGCAGGUUUGUGAGUAUGUAUUCAACCAAAGUUCAACAGGUGUACCUAAUUAAGUGGCCAUUUUUAAUCAUAUUUGUAUGAUUUCUCUGAAUAAGAAAUCCAUAGUCUGAGAUUUUGUAGCUGGAAGAUUGUCUGCGGUUUUGACAGACUGAUGAAGACAGUUGGAUGUUGAUUCAAGGUCAUAACUGAAGUGACAAGUAGAUUUUUAGGAAUGUAGUUUUCCCCAGCCUUGGCCUCUAUACUUGUAACUCAGGGUGUAAAUAUACAUACAUACAUACAGUGUCACGUGGUUGAACAUGUGUCCCAAUGUUUCCCAUAAAUCAAUAAUGAUUGAAGAAAUAAAGUAGCGGGGAAAACAUGCAGUAGUUUGUCUUGUUCUUCUAUAAGAAAGCAUUAAAAGGCGCGUGUGUGUUCUUAUUAGCCUCGUGCUGGGUGUGGACCUGUGUCACUCGCUGCAUUUGUACUGCUUUCCCCUCCAUCAUCAACUAAUCAUCUUAAAGCGUUGCUCAGUAUUGGCUUUAAGUUCAUCUGCAGCUAUUGUCUUCCAGUUUCUGGUGCUUGAUGCUUAACUUUCCAUGCUUGUCUCUGACUGAUUGAGCUCUCGUAGGCGUAUGAUUGUGGUUGUUCUAACUUGGCGCUCUUGUCUGCUCCUCUCCUGCUCUGCUCUACCUCUGCUGUGCUGAUUCUUUGCCUGCUG